AUGAUGGGAUACGGGUCUGCCCGGGCGACGAGCCCCGUUGAUGGCGAGAGGGGCUUUAGGAGGAAGCGCUUGGCAGCAAUGGCUGGUAAUCUGUACAGAAGUGGCCAGGCAGCUGUCAGCGAGAUCAAGGAAUCAUAUGCUCAAACAAGAGCAGGACCUGCCGCUGCCGGACACGAGAACCAUGGACGAAUACACAUUCCAGGUGCCUUUCCCGACGUUGCGAUUACCGUUCAUGGCGAUGACCAAAUGGUGCUGUUCCCCUCUUACGCCAAGCAACACAUCAAACAGGAUUGGAGUGAAAUGGCUUCGCACGACCCGGAUGCCCCACCUGGCAGCAUCAAGGACGAGGGCUUCUGGCGUCAGGAAUGGGAGCGAGCUGAAGACGAAAGAGCAAUCGUUGAUGUUGAUGUUCGCGGCUGGAUAUAUACCCCUCAUACCGGUCCAAUGACGAGGAGAAACAGGAUCCUGAUCGGUCUUGCACGGCAACUGAGUGGCAUACCAGCCCCCCGGGCGGACCAAGCAUAUAGUCCGGAGACUGGACUACCACGUUCACAUCUUCAAAUGCACGAAGAGAAGAAGGAACAAGAAAAGAUCGAUUCCGAAGCUCGGCGGAUAGAACAAGUGGGACAACGUGAGAAACAGGUUGCAUACCAAGGAGGUUUUAGUGAAAAGACGACCGAUAACGAUGACCCCCUCGCGGAUAGUUUCUACUAUCCCUCCCGCGGAGGGAAUCAGUCUCCAGACUCGGCCCCUUCUAGCCCAACAAUGCCCGCCAGAACAACGACAUCCAGUACCACAAAUACUAGCGAGCUCAGUGAGAGCGAUCUCAUCCUCGCCAAUGCCAAUCUUAUGGCUCGAAUCGCUCCCUUCAUGACCAAUCCUUCUGUUGCCCUCCCAAUUACGUUUUUCUUUUAUAACGAGACCAAAUCUCAGUCCAAGACCGUCAUGACAAAUGAUGCGGGCCAUUUUGUCGUCCGCGCCGCUCUCGAUUUCGUACCAACCCAUGUCCGUGUUCUCGCAGAUGAGGAUCUGUCUGCUGUUCAGGAGAUCAAGGUCAUCGAGCCAUACGGAGUCAGUCUUAUCAGCGAUAUUGAUGACACAGUCAAGAAAUCCAAUAUUUCUGCUGGAGCCAAAGAGAUUUUCCGCAAUACCUUUAUACGUGAUUUGGCGGAUCUUUCAGUUGAAGGUGUCAAGGAGUGGUAUAACAAAAUGGCUGACAUGGGCGUGAGCAUUCAUUACUGUUCAAACAGCCCAUGGCAGCUCUUUCCAGUCCUAGCCAGUUUCUUCAAGAUCCACGGUCUUCCGCCAGGAUCACUCCACCUCAAACAGUACAGCGGCAUGUUGCAGGGUAUUUUUGAGCCAGUGGCUGAACGGAAGAGAUCUACUCUUACUCGCCUUCUGAGAGAUUUCCCAGAGCGAAUGUUUAUCCUUGUUGGGGACAGUGGAGAGGCCGAUCUUGAGGUAUACACAGAACUCGCCCUGUCAAAUCCUGGUCGCAUUCUCGCAGUAUUCAUUCGAGACGUCACCACACCCGAAGAGACAGCAUUCUUCAGCUCUGGAUUCGACUUUGGCCGACCAAAGACCGCAGGUGCUUCUAAUGGACCUUCAAGAACCGUUUCUCGUACCCCUUCAUACCAAAGCCUGGCCCCGAGUGGAUAUCGAGUAGAAAGGAGACCGUCAGCAGGUCCCACCAUGGGCACAUUGAUCGACUUCUCAGAUGAACCUCAACAAACAAAGGUCGAUCGUAACACAGCCCUCGCCCAGGUGCAAAGCUCAAGCGCAAAAAGUGCCAGCACUGCCGAUCUUCUCAGUGGCCGCAAACCAGCUCCGCCCAGACCAGCAAAACCUGUCGCUUUAAGAAGUGCCAAGUCCAUCACUGAAUUGAACAAGGGGCUCUCUCGACAAAACUCUGAUGAGAUUCCUCCACCUCCCCCACCUAGAAGGCCGGGAGUACAAGCACGAGAUUCUACGGCACCCCAUCCUCUCAAGCAGAUCCACAACUCUUCCCAGCAGAGCUCUAGUAGUAACAACACCGCUUUCAAGAUCCCAGCGCAGAGUCGAUCCGGAUCUGCUUCUUCGGGAGGUGGCCCUCCUCCACCUCCGCCACGUCGAAGAGGCACACCUUCCAGUAUUACCGAGUCCAACCAAAACCCUCGUCUACCACCACGUCCCACCCAGACAUCAGCUAACUUGGACGUGGACUACGACCCCCUUCCACCGCCGUCAGCAAACGCCCCUACGUCUUUUGGCUCCAUGACAGGAGGUUACCGAUCAGAUGGCAACACUUCAACAGGAGGGUCACCCAACAUGGGCCCUCAAGCAGUGAAUAAGAAACUGGAGUUGUGGAGGAGGAGAUUAGCAAGAGCACACGAGCAACUAGAUGGAUUAGGCGUCUCCUUAUAUACAUGGCGACGAGGAAACGAUGUCAUCGCCGAAGCGGAGGGAAUAGUAAAACGAGCCCUCGCAGACAUGGACAGAAAGAGGAGGAUGAACCGAUAG